UUUCAGACACUUCGGGCUGCAGUUAAAGAAUGCCAACAGCCUGAUCAAAGCAGCAAGAGUACUGAAUCUUCAUCAUGCAUGCAUGCUAAAACUAGACGUUCAGGUUGAUAUUAGUUCUGUUAUCAGAGAGUUUCUUUUUCUCGGGAAAGAAAAAUGACUGUAGAUGAGUCUUUCAAGAAACCAGGAGCAGUGCCAUUCAAGUGGGAGAUCAAGCCCGGUGUUCCAAAGCUCCAGCACCAGCAAAAACAGCCGGUGGUGUUAUCUCCGCCGCCUCUGCCGCAGCCUCGUAACUAUCACCGUACAGUACUUCGCACGCCACAGCAGAAGCUUCGGCCACCGCCGUCGUCUGGGUCGGUUUACUUUGUGCCUCCGUUGGAGUCCCCGUCCCGGGUCCGCUCUUUCCGGUCGUCCCCAAGGACCCGGUCUGAGCGCUGGAGGUUCGACCGACAAACCACCGCCCUGGUUAGGCCCGAAGUGGUUUCGCCUGGAUGCUUCCUGUCGUCUUUUCUAAAGAGGAGCAAACCGGGAAAACAGAGGCUCCAGAAGCCCGGACCCGCUUCCGAACCAGACUACAGCUCUGAUCUCGAGACGCUGGCCCGGUGGUCAGUGUCAAGCCGGAAGUCGCUCUCGCCAUUCUCUGAAUCUCCGUCGACGUCGUCCUUUUCGUCGUCAUACCCUUCAUCGCCCCGACCCGUGGGUGAUGCCGAGUGGGCCGGGUUCGGACUUUUCUGAAUGAUACUAUUGGGGCUUCGAUUGUGUGGACUUUUUUUUUUUGGUCGCAUAGUAAAAUCGUAAAGAGCUCAUUAUAUAUAAUAUAUUCAUAUUUUUAAUUUUGAUGCAAA